GCCCUGCCGCUGAGACCAGGCUAUUGACCGUCAGCAAUCAGUGUGUCAGGCUGCUGCAAAUUCCUUUGCCUAUUUCUGGUCAGGCUCUAGCACAGACAUCUAAAUGGGGUCUUGUUCACUAGUUCCAGCUGCAUCAGGAGCCAGACAGAAGCCAGCACAGGCACACACUGCACGAAGGAGGAUUCUCUUUAACUACAGCUUCAAUCACACACUAUGGCUGGCAAAGUGCACAGACUGAGCCCGCAGGAGCGAGGGGAGCUGCUGCCCAACCUGAGGGCUGCUGGCUGGGUUGAGGUGGAAGGGAGAGACGCCAUCUAUAAGGAAUUCCUCUUUAAAGAUUUCAACCAGGCCUUUGGGUUUAUGACGAGAGUGGGUCUGCAGGCAGAGAAGAUGGACCAUCACCCAGAGUGGUUCAACGUCUAUAACAAGGUCCAUGUCACCCUGAGCACUCACGACUGCAACGGACUCUCUCACAGGGAUGUCACCCUCGCUGGAUUCAUCGAGCAGGUCGCUGCUCCUUAACCAGGAGCUUGGGGCGCACGACGGACAGUUCCUGUUCUUGUUAAUGAUGUUGUUGUGACUGCCAGUUUCACAGCCAAGAUCAUCAAUGUGAUCAAUCCUCCCCUAAAACACAAUUCAAACCCUUUACUUGUCCAGUUAAAAACCCUGUAAAGUGAAAAAAAGUCAAACUUUUUAAAACCAUUUGAAUGGUAAAAUACAGUGAAAUUCUAAUCUGAACUUGCUCUCUCCAUCUCUGUGGAGUGUUCAGCCCUCAAGUCUGUUCAGCUAUUGUGUCGGACUGUGUAUUUUUUGUAAUCUUAUACUGGGUAAAUGCAUGUAAUACAUUAUAAAUGUAAUAUAUAUAUAUAUAUAUAUAUAUAUAUAUAUAUAUAUAUAUAUUCACCCAUAAAGUUUUAACCAAAAGUUCUAAGCAGACCAACUGCUGUUUGCUUCAUUGAUUGAUUGGACUGAUGCACUCUUGUCUGCAGGUUGCGAGAGCUAUUUCAAUUGCUAACAAACACAGUUGCUCCUUUUCAGAUUGCUUGCCAUUUAGAUACUAGGUUAACAGGGUACUCAAAAUAUCAUUCAAAUGUGUUACUUUAUACAGAAGAAUUUCAAGUAAUAUGGCCCAAACUACAAUGUGUAAACUGUACAUUGUUGUGUCGGUGUUAAAUGUUUGUUCCUUUGUGCCAUUUCAUUUCAACUUUGAAAUAUUGUAACCAAGAUAAUAAAAACAAUUAUAUACUUUA